AUUUCUUAGCAUUUCUGUUUGAUUUAUUAUGUACAUAAUUAAAAUAUUUGCUGCAAGAAUUCGCUUUGUGGUGGUACCAAACAUUGUACGAAAUAGGCAUCAAAAGAAUUAAUGUCUUGGUAAUAGUUGCAGCGGUAUGGAGAUAAAUAUGGAAUUAAAAAAUUGCCCAUUAUAGUAGUAUUUCCGCUUACAUAGAAACAACAUAAUAUAUUGAAAAAAAUAAUUUUUGAGCAUCUUUACAUAAAGUUAGUGCUAUACAUAUGUAUGAUGGAGGAAAACUUUGCUCCAUUAUGUAACAUAUAAUAGGACUAUAUAGCCAUCUGAAUAAAUUUAGUUAUUAUAAAGUAGUUCACUCUUAUAAAAUAUUUCAUUUUACAUCGUAUUUUUGGUUCUAUCUUAAAUUGUUUGUUACUCAACGUUUUUACAUCGUAUUAUACUCGUAGCAACAUUAAAAUAUAUGUCAUUUUAAUAGCACCUGUCAUUUCACGAACUUCUUAUCGUUGUUUUAUGUUAUUGCAAAAACAGUUGCUACACAUGAUGGCAAAUGGUGUGAUUCCAUAGUAAACGUUUAUAUAACUAUGUAAUUAUAAUUAUUUUCAUAUUAUUUCUUUAACAUGGCUGAUGAUGUAGUGAAGAGUGCUCUUAAACUGUUGGAGAAAGAUGAAAUUUUUGAAAAAAAAAGAAGUACAAAUAUGUUAUAUAAUUUGUUAGAUUAUGUACUAGGCUCAUAUUACAGAACUAAUACAUGUAGAGAAAUAAAUUAUGAUAAGCUUAUCCGAAUUUGUUUUGAUUUUGAAAAAAAUAUAGAAAGUUGGGAUGAUAUAACGAAACAUUUUAAAUAUGAUCAUAACAAAAGUUGUCAUGCUUCUAUAUAUUGGCUAUAUGGUAAAUUAAGUGAGACUAAUCCUAAGCAUUCAGAACUGUUUGAGUUAUAUACAGCAUUUAAAACUCUUUUAAAAAAAAAAUGCUUUGAUAAGAUAGAAGAUAACUUUUUUUAUAGAAAAUUUGUAAAAUCUUAUGAUAUGAAAGUAUUAAAAAAUAAGAAAUAUUUACUCGAUUUUUUAGAAUAUUUUGAUUACAUAAAAACUUUAAUAAUGUCUAAUACAAUAGGAGAGGGGAACAAAAAGACAUAUUGUGACUACAUAAAAUAUAUGAUUGAUUUAUACAAAAAAAUGCAAAAGGAAAAUGGUAGAAAAGAGUACUGUGCAGAAUUAAUAGAUUUUGAAAACAAGUUCAAAGGAAAAGAUGAGUUAGAUUUCAUGAAAACAAAUUGUUAUGGUGAAACGAUAAAUAUAUUAUUCAAUGAAAACUUUAAAAUUACAUGUUCAUUCCUUACAGAACAACCAGAAAUAAAACCUGUUAAUCGAAAUCGUGAAGUCACUGUUAAACAAAAAAAAAAUUACUGUAAGUGCAAUUUCUAA